AUGGUGAGUAGAUAUUUUAGUUUUAGGCACGAAAGAGCACACAGUAUGGCUAAACAUUUCAUAAGAUGGGUUGUCAGAAGGUAUUCUAGCAAGAAUCUGCUUGGCCGUCCCUCCAACAAUCUAACUAGUGGCAUUGUGGGUUUGGCAAAUGUUGGUAAGUCGACUUUUUUUCAAGCUAUUACUGGAUCGGAGCUAGGCAAUCCAGCAAACUAUCCAUUCGCAACAAUUGAGCCGGAAGAAGCCAAGGUCAUUGUACCAUCUCCUGAACUGGAUCAUCUAUUUCAGUUAUAUCAGUCACAGAAGAAAAUUCCUGCCACGCUAACUGUUUAUGAUAUCGCCGGGUUGACACGGAAUGCUUCGCAAGGAGAAGGGCUGGGAAAUAGGUUUUUAAACGAUAUUAGGCAUGUGGAUGGCAUAUUUUCUCUAAUUCGUGGGUUCCAAAAUGAGACCAUCACACAUAUUGAAGGAUCUGUUGAUCCAGUCAGGGACAUGUCUCUAGUUCAGGAUGAAUUAGUCCUUAAGGAUUUGGAAUGGCUUGAAGCUGCCAAGGAGAGACUGGGAAGAAAGCUAAGCCGAACAGCUAAAAAUGCACUUGAAUACAGUAGAAUGGUUGCAGAGCUGAAAUUCUUGGAAGACUUGGAGGAAUUUAUGUAUGAUGGUCGGAAAAUCGCACAUUUCAAGACUGAGUGGAGUGCCGAACAGGUAGAAAUUCUAAAUUCGCAUAAUUUCAUUACUGCAAAGCCUUCGCUGGUUUUAUUGAACUGUACUCCUAGAGAUUAUCUAAUGCAAGAGAAUAAGUACUUAAAGGAUGUGGAGAAGUGGAUCCAAGAAUCAUCACCGGGGGAUAAAGUCGUGUUAUUUAGCGCUGAAUUUGAAACAAAGUACAAUGAAUUCAUUGCAGACGGUGACUACGAAAAGUUGGCGCUGUAUUGCAACAGUAUUGCCGAUAAAGCAGAAAUAAAAGUAGAAAACUAUAGAUCUGCGUUGCCGCAGAUCAUUAUUGAGAUGCGUAAACUCUUAAAUCUGAUUAGUUUUUAUACUUGUGGUCCACAAGAGGCACGCCAAUGGACUAUUAGAGAAGGAGCUCUAGCUCCGCAGGCCGCUGGUGUUAUCCACACCGAUCUAGAGAAAACGUUCAUUAGCGGUAACGUUAUCAAGUAUGCUGAUAUAAUGGGUCUUCAGCCACCACUACUAGAGUCGCAGCUGAAGAGCCAGGGGAAGAUCAAGCGUGUUGGUAGUAAGUAUAUUAUGGAGGAUGGCGAUAUAGCUCACUUCAAAGCUGCUGGUCCAAAGAAAUAA